CUCAUGUCCCAAACCAAUCUCGUUGACAAAAGAUAGCGGCAUUGAUUUCUCGCAUAGGCUUUGCAGCUUUAAGAUCAAUAGAGUUUCAUUCCCUGCCAUUAAGCUUAGCCGGAGAAGCACCACCAUGUCGGUCGCCCCUCUCGAUGUGCGUAAUAUCAUCUUAGAUGGUUACGGGUAUAGACAAAGAUUCAAUGUUCGGUCUUAUGAAGCUGAAACCAAAAACAUCACCAUUCAAAGCAUUUUUAACUUUCUUGAGGAAGCUUCAUGGAAUUACGUAAGGCUGUUUUGGGUCUACGCCAAUGAAUCUGGUGCGACUCGUCGUAUGAUCAAGAAUGAUCUCAGAUGGGUUGUUUCAAGAAUGGAACUUCAAAUUGAUGAGUAUCCGAACCCGGGAGACCAAGUGGAUAUAGACACAUGGGUUGGAUCAUCAGGAAAAAACGGAAUGCGACGAGAUUGGGAGAUCAAAUGGGCCGACACGGGCAAGGUUUUUGCUAGAGCAACAAGCACAUGGGCGAUGGUGAACCAGAAGACGCGACGGGUAUGGAAAAUGCCAGAUGAAGUAAGGGCAGAAAUCUCACACUCAUUCAUUGAAAAACAAGCCAUCAUACAAGAUCACCCUAAAAAACUAUGCAAGAUUGAUGAUAAUGCAAGAUAUGUAAUAUCAGGUUUGCAGCCCAAGAGAAAAGACAUGGAUAUGAACAACUGCGUCAGCAACAAGACGUACGUUGAUUGGAUGCUUGAGGCGAUCCCAGAUGAAUGCUUAAAUAAUUAUCAGUUAUCAAAGAUCAUACUAGAAUACCGAAGUGAAUGCAAGAACUCAGACGUGGUUCAGUCUAUUAGUGAACUUGGAGAAGUCGGAAUCAUUGAAAAUGGAUAUCAAGAGAAUAUACAUAUGAAUGUGAAUACUCAAGGAGACGAAUUACCAAAUGUAAGAAACAAUAGAUACACACACCUCCUACAAGUCAAAGGUGAGUCAAAAUGUGAAGAAAUUGUUAGGGGAGAGACCACUUGGAAGAAAAGACUUGUCUAGCUUCAUCUUCGGGUUAAAAAUGAUUUUUCCCUUUCUUUCCUUUCAGGUUUGUAAUGUUGGAAAAUCAGUGUAACAUAGAAUCUUCGUUAACUUUGUAUAUGUAUGUGUGUGCGCGUAUGUAUUAUAGUCAUUUUAUUGUGUUUUAGCACGUC